AGAGAGGUAGGGAUAGAGGGAGGGAGAGAGAGAGAGAGAAAGAAAAGGAGAGAGGAUAAGAGUAAUGGCUGAAAAGAGUAGGACACAGAGACGUAAGUGCUCUAAUGAGGUGUGUGGUAGGGGAUGAACUGAGAUGACUCCAGGGCGAAGGGAUGAAGGGACAUAAUGGACAACACAGCGGACGACUGGAUGGAUAGAAGGAUAAAAAAGAAAGACAAAACUGACAGCUUUUUUUUCUCUCCGCAGGGACGUCAGUGAUAACAGUGACGGCCACAGAUGCUGACGACAUCUCCUAUGGCAACAGCGCCCGCGUGGUCUACAGCAUCCUCCAGGGCCAGCCCUACUUCUCCGUGGAGCCCAACACAGGCGUCAUCCGGACGGCCCUGCAGGACAUGAACAGGGAGAACCGGGAGCACUACCAGGUGGUGAUCCAGGCCAAGGACAUGGCCGGCCAGAUGGGGGGGCUGUCAGGGACCACCACCGUCAGCAUCACGCUCAGCGACGUCAACAACAACCCGCCACGCUUCCCCCAGGGUGUGUAUCAGUUCAGCAUUCCUGAGUCGGCACAGCCAGGCUCAGUGAUCGGCGUUCUUCACGCGCGGGACAACGAUGUAGGCAGGAACGCAGAGAUGGAGUACAAAAUCACCAGCGAGGACGGACGCGACAUCUUCAAGAUCAGCACCGACAAGGACACUCAGGAGGGGGUCCUCACCCUUAACCGACACGUGGACUACGAGACCAAGCGCAUGCACACGCUGCGGGUGCAGGUGGACAACCGCUACCUGGACCCACGCUUCCGCUCUCUGGGGCCGUUCCACGACACGGCACUGGUCAAGGUGGCGGUGGAGGACGAGAACGAGCCGCCCGUCUUCCAGCGGUCGUCAUACGUGAUGGAGGUGCUGGAGAGCGCCCCCGUGGGCACCAUCGUAGGGGCAGUCAGCGCCAUGGACCCCGACAAUAACCGCAGCCCUGUCAGGUACUCUGUCGACCGGCACACAGAUAUGGACCGCGUCUUCAAUGUGUACCCGGGGAACGGCUCGGUCUACCUUCAGAAGACCCUGGACCGUGAAACGCUACCCUGGCACAACAUCUCCAUCAGGGCAGAGGAGUUCAACAAUCUGAACCAGAUCAGCCGGGUGCCCGUAUCCAUCAAAGUCCUGGAUGUCAACGACAACCCCCCGAUCUUCGCCACCUUCUACGAGACCUUUGUCUGUGAAAACGCCAAAGCUGGACAGAGGAUUCAGAUGAUCAGCGCCACUGAUCCAGACGAGCCAAUCGGGGGUCAGCGCUUCUCGUUCCGUCUAGCGCCUGAAGCCUCGGUCAAAGCCAACUUCACAGUCCGAGACAAUAACGACAACACGGCGAUGAUCCUGACGCUGCGCAGCGGCUACAGCCGCCUCCACCGCAGCCGCUACCUCAUCCCCGUGGUGAUCGCGGACGGCGGGAGCCCCAUGCUGAGCAGCACCAACACGCUGACCGUGCGCGUGUGCUCGUGCGACCGCGACGGCAACAUGAAGCUGUGCAACGCCGAGGCCCAGGCACUGACCGCUGGCCUCAGCACCGGAGCACUGGUGGCCAUACUGCUGUGCGUCUGCAUACUACUGAUAGUCAUGGUGCUGGUGGUGCUGUUUGCCGCCCUGCGGCGUCAGCGUAAGAAGGAGCCGCUGAUCAUCUCCAAGGAGGACGUGCGCGACAACGUGGUCAGCUACAACGACGAGGGUGGCGGCGAGGAGGACACGCAGGCCUUCGACAUCGGCACGCUGCGAAACCCCGAGGCGCUGGAGGACAGCAAGCUGCGCCGCGACAUCAUGCCCGACGCCCUCUUCUCCCCGUUGCCGCGGAGACCGCCCCCGUCCGCGGUCGCCGGCGCGGCGCCAGGGGCCCUCCGGGACAACGCCGACGUGCGGGACUUCAUCGCCCAGCGGCUGGCGGAGAACGACUCGGACCCGACGGCGCCGCCGUACGACUCGCUGGCCACCUACGCGUACGAGGGCAGCGGGUCGGUGGCGCACAGCCUCAGCUCGCUGGAGUCGGCCGCCAGCGACGGUGACCACGACUACAACUACCUGAGCGACUGGGGCCCGCGCUUCAAGAAGCUCGCCGACAUGUACGGCACCGAGGACAGCGACAAGGAUUCAUAACGCCGCCGCGUGAGUGACCACCAGGGACUUGGAGGAGGAACGGUCAAGAAAAAACACACACACACACACACACACACACACACACAACAAACAGUCCCUUACACAAACUCGGUCUCUCUCUCUCUCACACACAUACACACACACAAAUAAACUAGAGCGGACAUUGUGCACUGUGCAGGCUCUGGGGACACACUGCCCCCAGUGGCUCAGACAUGCGUCACGAGAAAGACGGGAACUCCUGCAAAGGCUUCGACUUUCUAUCUUCUUUUCUCUUUUCUGUUGUCUUUUCUUUUCCCCCAAGUGCCCUUUUUAAAAAGAACCGCUGUCACACCACUAAGCCUGAGCCUUUGGGACAACCAGGAAGUACCUCUCAUCGCUUGACCUCAAGCCGUGCAGAACAGAGCCCCGACCUCUGACCUUUGAAUCCUGGGCUGAUAUUAGUCAGUAUUAGUUGCUCCCGCUCAGAGCAGUGAAGACCUCUGAUGAAGAAAAAAAAAACAACAAAAAAAAACAUGAGUGACAGACUUCUCUUCUCAGCCCUGACUCUGUAUAGGAAAUACUUUUACUUUUGUCCUGUCUUUUUAAUUUUCUCAAAGCAUCUGUUACACUUAUGGAAAAGUGGGCAGUUAUGAAGAUGUAUUCACAUGCACAUGCACACACACACACACAGACACACACACAAAUUCAUAAUCACCCACAACCCAUGCUGAAGCUAAUAGACACAUCACAGUGUUUUGGGGGAGGGGAUGUAUUGGCGUAUUGUGAGUUUGAUGACUAUGUUUACUGUAACUCAGAUACAAUAUGCUGCCUUAUUGUGUUUGUUGGUUAGACACACACACACACACACACACACACACACACAGUAGACACAGAGAAUUCUCCACAGUCGCCAGGUUCAACACAAAAAUACCUUUGGACCCCCACUUCACUUAAAAUCACACCUCAAUAUACACCAAAAUAAACAUCUCAAAUCCAAAAGACAUCAAAAGUGUAAAUCAAGUGUAAAUCAACCCAUAAUGCUCCAAUGCAAAGCAAUGCAUAAUGCUAAAUGGUUGAAGCUAGAAAAGGUUUUAUGUGUGUGUGUGCGUGUAUGUAAUUGAGUGAGAAAAUUCUGUUAGUUAUUCUUGACUGCACUAGGUGAAGCGUCACUGUUCCAGACAAAGCGCGGGUCUCUUAAACUAGUCUGUCGACUCCAAAUGGCACAGCUUGGUUUCGGUCCAGAUACUCUACACAAAAGAGGUAAGCAGUGUGAAGUAGUGAAGUGAGAAGGAAAAGAAACUGUCAAUGAAAAAAAAAAGUGGAAAGAUGUUGUAGAAAAGGAAAAAGAGCAGUUAGAGAUUUAAUCUUACAGGGCAAGAUGGUAAAAUCAAUAGAACCGAAAGAGAAAGAUUUGAGACAAACUGCAUCCAAACACACACACACACAGACACACACACACAACCGUUUGGUAGAGCCAAGCACUUUGAUAGGUCCGAAGAAAUGCAACCAAGCAAAGACUGCAAUAUUCCCCAGGUCACAUUGUCCAAAUCCUCACAGGUCAUUAAUUACACAUCAAUUACUCAUUUAUAAACACAUGAAUACUGUAAUUACAACCCACUCCACUCAACCAUCUCUCUUAGGCUACACAUAGGAGUCAAAAAAUAUUUCAACACACACACACAAACCAUUCCACCUAUUAUAUACUAGCUAAUAUGACACUGUUUUCCAGUAGCCGGUGGAUUAGUAUAGACAGUCGGUGGGGAGGGGAGGGUUAGACACGUUUGUGGUGACUAUUUGUGAAAGCACUUAAUUUGGCUUCUUUACAAGCCUUUAGCUGAGAGCUUUUUACACAGACUGGAGACAAAUGUUGCUGGAUUACCACACAUUAACAAGAACACUACUGAAGACGAAGGCGGAUGAUCAUCGGAGUGGUUUUGUUGUUGUUGUUAUCGCUGUGACAGGAGACUGAAGGAACUCGGAAAAUAUCGUACAUACAGAGAAAACGGACAAGGUGGUCUUCCACUCCGGGACGUGGAACAAACAAAUGAACAAAUGACAGAACGGAACGGACGACCGUCAGGAUCACUAGACAGCUUUGUGUGCGCGUGCGCACUCUCUCUCUCUGAAUGUUUGUGUAGAUACAGGAAGCCUGGCUGCAGAGCCUGCCCGUGUGUCUCAUGUCCCGUGGGUGAAGUCGUGUAGUCUGACUGUGCGAGUUUGUGCAUUUUAUUUUUAUUUUGGGGGGAGGGUGGGGUGGGGGGGGGGGUGGGGGUCCUCUUUUCUUUUCUUUGUCGCUUCGACUGCGAGAGCAUCACACAGGCAGGUGCCUCCACCAGUCAUCUACGCUUUGUACGAUGUGAUAUUUUGUACCAAAAUAUUUAUAUAACUCUGUAUGAUUAAAAAUAUGUUGAAAGUCCA